CCAAAUUUAAGGUCCCAUAUCGACAUGGCCAACAAGCAUCAGCACAUGGCUUUGCCUUGGGUGGUUAAUGGCAAAAACUUCAGCUCCAACUCAGCUCCUGUUUCCAGCCUCUUAUAUAAAUACUUCCACUUCCAUAAGCCUUUUCAUCAUCUAUUCAGCCUUCAAAGAUAUCUAGACUUCUAGCUGACUUUCUUGUUUCCAAAAACAAAACAAUGCUCAGUGCUAAGAAACUCAUCAAGAUGGCCAGGAAAUGGCAGAAGUUUGCGGCCAUGCAGAGGAAGAGGAUUUUACUUCCAAGAAAUAGCAAUGAUGCAGAUAGUUGUAGUACCUCAUCAUCUUUUAUAGCCAACAAAGGCCAAUUUGUAGUGUAUACAACUGAUCAAAGUCGCUUUGUCAUUCCCUUGGCUUACCUGGAAAAUGAGGUCAUUUUACAACUUUUAAACAUGUCUGAAGAAGAGUUCGGGCUACCAAGUGGUGGUCCUAUUACAUUACCAUGUGAUUCAGCAUUGAUGGACUAUAUUGUUUCACUAAUCGAGAAAGGUGCAGCUGCUGGAGAUCUUCGUAAAGCAUUGCUCCUCUCAAUUAAUUCAUGUUGCUGUUCAACUUCUUUGCACCAAGAUUGGGGAAAGCAGCAGCUCCUUGUUUAUUAGUCUUGAUCAUUAUCUUUAGUAAAUAAUAGCUCAAACUAGAUAGUAUAGCAGGUGAAAAAGUGUGUAUUACAGAUGGAAUACAACUAUAUCUGAAUUUUGACCAGAUUUA